AGCAGUGUGAUGCACUGUGUGAUACGGAAGGUAUUUCAAUGUGACCCGACAGUCCGCCAUACCGCUCCAACACUGCUGCACGGGCACGAGCGCGCGCACGCGCACUGCAAUCCGGUGCUUAUCAGCGACUGUGCGCGCGCGAGUCCGCAGCUCCGGGACAGAGGUGAAAACGUGAUGGCGGAAGAUAUUCAGCAGAAACUUCAACAGUACCGCACGGCGCCGUUCGACGCCCGUUUCCCAAACCAGAACCAGACCAGAAACUGCUGGCAGAAUUACUUGGACUAUCACCGAUGCCAGAAAGCAUUGGAGGCCAAAGGGGUGGAUGCGGCUCCCUGCGACUGGUACAAGAGGGUGUAUAAAUCACUGUGCCCCAUUUCCUGGAUUGAGAAGUGGGACGAACAGCGUGAUGAUGGAACUUUCCCAGGGAAGCUCUGAAGAUCUGUCAAUCCUAUUUCCUCUUCAUCAUUAAGGGAAACUUAACUGUGUGUGUGUGUAUGUGACAUGACCCUGUCCACCUCGUGAGUGGGACCUGAACUACAUUUCCCACGAUGCACCUGUGGCUCAGCAGGGUGGGGUGGACCUGUAUAGUCAUUCCUAAUUACAGUGAAAUCAUUGUGUUGCAGCUUGUGUAUUAAAGCUCUCAGGCCUUGUGACACUC